CAAAGGUUGAUAAGAAAAAUGGCUGCUGGGUGCGCUUGGUUCCUGGUGUUGGGAUCUGUCUUUUUGUGCAAUCUCUUCAAAACACUAUUGCCGACUAUUUCCUCUUUCCUAUCGAAGGUCCUUCAGAAAGAUGCUGAGCAGGAGAGGGAUAUGAGGGCUGAGAUCCAGGAGAUGAAGAAGGAGCACAACUCCGUUAGCAUGAUGGAUGAGUUUGCCAGAUACGCUAGACUGGAGCGCAAAAUCAACAAGAUGACUGACAAGCUGAAGACACAUGUCAAGUCUAGAACUGCUCAACAAGCCAAAAUGAAAUGGAUGGUGAAUAUAGGUUUUUACAUCCUCCAGGCUGCUCUGAUGAUCUCCCUGAUUUGGAAGUAUUAUGCUGACCCAGUGACUGUUGUACCCAGUAAGUGGAUUGCCCCCCUGGAGCAGCUGGUGGCAUUCCCAUCUGGAGUAACAGGUGGUGUUGGAAUCACAUGCUGGCUGGUGGUGUGCAACAAAGUGGCGUCUAUUGGUCUACAUGCAAUUAGCUAAGGAAUGGGAUCUUUUUUAAUGUCUUAUUUAUUCCCCAAAUGCUCUGAGAAUGAAGUCAGGCAUUGUUACUCAGCACUUUGAUAUGUGUAAAUCGGUACUGUUGGUAAGCACUUUUACAAAGCACCCCAUAUUCAAACAUUGCCUUACAUUGCCAAUGUUAUUGCACAUAUUUUAGUGUCUCUUAUGUUGGCUUCGGAAUCGGAUGUUACACUACAUGGCCAAAAGUAUGUUGACACACCUUCAAAUUAGUGGAUUUGUCUAUUUCAGCCACUCACGUUGCUGACAGAUGUAUAAAAUACAGCA